UCUACGUCAAAGUGGCGCGCUUCCCUGUAUUGAUUUGUGACUCAACUUUCACUGAAGUGUUGUUUACAUGAACUGGACAAACCAUGUCCACUUUUGUUCGAAGAGCGUCUAAGAUUCCAGAGAAAGUCCUGUCAGAUCUGGAUGAAAAUGAUUUAAAACGCUGGGGAUUGACAGGCAUUCAGCUUAGGUCUUAUCAGUUGGAUGGAGUGAGGUGGCUGACACAGUGCCUGAAACAUCAGGAAGGUUGUAUCUUAGGAGAUGAGAUGGGCCUUGGGAAGACAUGUCAGACGAUAUCCCUGCUGGUCUACACCAAAGGAGCUUUGGGGAAGGCAGGGCCUUUUCUGGUGCUGAGCCCGCUGUCUGUGUUAGAGAACUGGAGACAGGAGAUGCAACGCUUCUCCCCUGGCCUGUCUGUGGUGUGUUACACUGGAGACAAGGAGAAGAGGGCAGAGCUUCAGACGGAGCUGCUGGACAACGGACACUUUCACGUCUUACUCACUACCUAUGAGAUGUGUCUUAAAGAUUCUUCGUUUUUAAAAAGGUGGAAGUGGAAGAUCUUGGUGGUGGAUGAGGCCCACAGGCUUAAGAACCAGAACUCUUUGUUACACCAGACACUAAACCAGUUCUCCGUGGGCUUUAGAGUCCUGCUGACGGGCACGCCCAUCCAGAACAACCUGAAGGAGGUCUACUCCCUGCUCAGCUUCAUCCAGCCCAGCCUGUUUCCUGCCGACGACGCAGACGACUUUGUCAGCACCUAUGCAGACAUCCAGACAGACUCGGCCCUGGCCCCCGAGCUCCACCGCAUCCUGGAGCCUUUCCUGCUGCGGAGGGUCAAGGCCGAGGUGGCGGCCGAGCUGCCCAAGAAGACCGAGCUGGUGGUGUUCCAUGGCAUGUCCGCCCUGCAGAAGAAAUACUACAAGGCCAUUUUGAUGAAGGACCUGGAUGCCUUUGGGGCAGAGCAGGCCGGUAAGACCAGGCUGCUGAACAUCCUCAUGCAGCUCAGGAAGUGUGUGGACCACCCUUACCUGUUUGAUGGUGUUGAGCCAGAGCCCUUUGAAAUGGGUGAACAUUUGGUGGAGGCCAGUGGCAAACUGUUUCUACUGGACAGUAUUUUAGCAUAUCUGUGCAAAGAGGGCCAUCGUGUUCUGCUGUUUUCUCAGAUGACUAGGAUGCUGGACAUACUACAGGACUACUUGGAAUAUAGAGGUUACAGCUAUGAGCGUCUCGAUGGUUCUGUGCGCGGUGAGGAGCGUAACCUGGCCAUCAAGAACUUCAGCACCAAGGAUGUGUUUGUCUUCCUCCUCAGCACCAAGGCCGGUGGCGUGGGCAUGAACCUCACGGCGGCGGAUACUGUCAUAUUCGUUGACAGUGACUUCAACCCACAGAAUGACCUCCAGGCUGCAGCUCGAGCCCACCGCAUUGGCCAGACAAGGACGGUGAAGGUUAUCCGGCUGGUGGGCCGGGACACGGUGGAGGAGAUCAUCUACAGGCGCGCAAUCAGCAAGCUGCAGCUCACCAACACGGUCAUCGAGGGCGGACGCUUCUCAUUGCUCGACCAGGCCCAGUCUGCUGCCAAUGGACUUCAGCUGAGUGACAUCCUGAAGUUUGGGGUGGAUAAGCUUCUAGCGUCGGACGAGAGCUCGGUUCAGGACGUGGAACUGGGACUGAUCCUAGGUCAGUCUCGCGACGGCCAGUGGCUCACAGAGGACGAUCCCGUCCCCUCAACAGAGGACGAAGACACAGAAUCAGACACGGAUGGCCAGAACCACAUGUACUACUUUGAGGGGAAGGACUACUCGCGGGACCCCAGCGCAGAGGACCAGGAGGCCUUCAGCUCGCUGCUGCAGGAACAACUAGACCAGCUGCAGGAGGCUGGCAGCGAGGGAAGAGCGUUGCGCGGUAACAUUGGAGCGUCUCUUGCGGGGCCCCUGCGGAGCCCCCUGAAGCUGAAGCGACCCCUGAGCACAGCCGAACUAGAGGAGCGGAGGCAGCGGAGGCAGGAGGCCACCGCCAAGAGGGCCAAGCUGAUGGAGGACCGCCGCAAGAGGCAGGAGGAACAGAGGCAGCGCAAGAAGAUGGCCUGGUGGGAAACAUGCGGGUAUACAUCUACAUGUUUGCCCGCUCUGGACUCAGAAGGCGAAGAGGAGGAGGAGGAGGAUGAAGACGACGACGCUGCUAGUGGCUGCUCCACUGACUCUGAGCACAUGGCCAUCCGCUACGUGCUGGGGGACGUCACACACCCUAACGUGGCCCAGGAGGACGCCAUCAUAGUCCACUGCGUCGAUGACUCUGGUCGCUGGGGGCGAGGCGGCCUGUUCACUGCACUUGAGCUUCGGUCUGAUGAGCCACGCAAGCAAUACGAACUGGCUGGGGACAUGAAAGACUUGAAGCUGGGGCACGUACUCUUUUUCCCCAUUGAUGAUAAGCAAUCCAGACUGGAUGGGAAAGACCAUCUGGCGCUGAUCGUGGCCCAGAUGCGGGACAAGGCAAACAACCUCUCUGGCAUCCAGCUCAGUGCCCUGGAAGAGGGCCUCAGGAAGAUAUCCAAGGUGGCCAAGGACAAAAGAGCAAGUGUCCACCUACCCCGCAUCGGACACGCAACAAAGGCCUUCAACUGGUAUGGCACCGAGAGGCUCAUUCGGAAACACCUGGUCACAAGGGGCAUCCCAACAUCCAUAUACUACUAUCGCAGGGCUUCCAGCUCGACACCGUCCACAUCUGCACAUCGACCAGCCGGCGACCAGAGCGUCUCCCCACCAGCCCAAACAGCACUCCUGUCUCCGCCUGACUCUCCGGCAUCGCCUGCCUCCCAGCGUUCCUCGAGUCCCGGGGGAGCAGCUAGGGGAGACGGUUCUGUAGAGCCGGCCGGGUCCGGUCACAGCACGGCUACGACCACGUUCAGCCUGUCUGAUUUCAUGAGCGGCGUUCGCGUCUUCUUCUACAACAUGGCGGCAUCAGACAAGAAGAGGCUGUCCCGCCACCUCAUUGCCUAUGACGGUGACGAAGAGGACAUCAUGAGUUCACACGUCACUCAUAUCGUGGCAGAGGUGGAUAAUCCCGCAUACACACAGGAGCUGCGGGAGCUUGUACGCCACUACCCCCAGGCUGUAGCUGUGAACAAAACGUGGCUAGAGUCCUGCUUUUCCAAACAGAAGAAAGUCAGCAGCUCAUCAUUCCUGCACAAGCUGCAAUGAUCAAUGACACCUGUACUGUAACGGCCACCACCUUAUUUAUUUCGGUCUGAAGGAAAAUAUUGCCACGGAUGAACAUAAGGAAAAUAUUGCCACGGUUUGGCUUCCAAUGUAAUGGAAAUAAAAUUAUACUUGUAUUUAAUAA